AUGAAAGACUCGAAAGAGGACGGUGAUGAAGCCUCCUUGGAUGUAGUGAAUAACGAGUUUGAUAGGUUAGAGUGGUUCACCAAAGAUUCCUUCUCCAAGGUGGUCCAUGAAUUUAAUAAGGAAUUUGAUGAUCUUUUGAGGGUCAUGUGCCAGAGAGAAGAAACGGCUGGUUCUCUGCUCAUGAAAAGGGAUGAUCAGCGGAUACGCUCGGAAAGAAAAAUUGCCGAGUUGCAAACCGAAAAUAAUGAACUGAAACAACAAUUAGAUGAUGAAAUUCUUUCGUCUGUUCGGAAGGAGGAAUUAAUCAAAGAGAACAACCAAAACAACAAAAUUCUAAUAGCUUCUUUGCAAUCGGAGAUAAAGGCUCUCUCGGAUGAAGUCAGAGAAAAAGAGCAACAAAUCCAGCAACUGAAAAACGAAGUUGAAUCGAAAAUUAAAGAGAAUGGUAAAACCAUCAAGCGUUUGGAAAAUGUAACUCAACAAUUUACCCAGUUACAGGAUGUUCACAACAAAAUGAAGCAAGACUCUGGAACAACAAGCGAGAAAUAUAGAGCAUUGUUUUGGGAAUCCGAUUUGAAGAGGAUUAAUUUGGAGCAGGAAGUAUUGGACUUGAAAAAAAAACUCCAAGAACAACAACAAUUAACGAGUCCACAAAUUCAAAAUACCAACACAGGAGAACUCGAAGGAAAGAUUGUUCUUCUGAAAUCUCAGUUGAAGGCCUCUGAACGAAAAAAAAGAGCAUUACAAAUCACUAGCCAGAGGAACUGGAAAAAAACUGUUGGAAAUAUCCAACAAACUAAAGGAAAGUGA